GGGCAGUAGUAGCUGUAGGCAACAGUAACAGUGUGGGAGGAAAUUAAUUGUUGUAAUGCAGCCGCUAGUGCUCUCGAGGACCAAAUGACGUAUUGGGACUAUCCCCCUGCUUGUUGUUUUCAUUUCUUUCUUUUUUUUUUUUGAAGGCGGGACUUGGAUCAUAUCCAGUUCUCUUCUCAGCUGAGUCGCUUUAGCUUGCACGUUCUCUGGUGUUCUGUAUAUUCCGUCCGGGACUAAUUCAUGGAACAGAUGGAUAUGCAGGCUCCUGAGAGGGAAAGGGACGAUUUCCAAGAUCAAUGGCAAGACUGCAUGGACUUUGCAGUGCAGCUGGCCGUCAAAGCGGGAGAGGUUGUUCGAAAAGCUCUGAAGGAAGAUAAACGUGUUUCUACGAAAACUUCAGCAGCUGAUCUUGUAACAGAAACUGAUCAGUUAGUUGAAGAACUAAUUAUCUCUACUCUAAAGAAGAAGUUUCCAAACCACAGAUUUAUUGGUGAAGAGUCAACAGCUGCAGGUGAAAAAUGUCAUUUGACUAAUAGUCCUACAUGGAUUAUAGAUCCCAUCGAUGGAACGUGCAACUUUGUUCACAGAUUUCCACCAGUGGCAGUUAGCAUUGGAUUUGCUGUUAACCAAGAGCUUGAAUUCGGUGUCAUAUACCACUGUACUCAGGAAAAAUUAUACAAGGGUAGAAGAGGUCAUGGGGCAUUUUGUAACAAUGAAAGGAUUCAAGUAUCAAAUGAAACAGAACUCUCCAAAGCACUGAUUUUAACUGAAAUUGGUCCGAAACGGGACCCUGAUACAUUAAGAUUAUUUACAAGUAACAUGGAGCAUCUACUGAAGGCACAUGCUCAUGGUGUUCGUAUCAUUGGGAGUUCUACAUUGGCUCUGUGCUACAUAGCAAGUGGUGCUGCAGAAGGUUAUUAUCAGUUUGGCCUUCACUGCUGGGACCUGGCAGCAGCAACUGUCAUUAUCCGAGAAGCAGGUGGAGUAGUGAUUGACACUUCAGGAAAACCUCUAGAUCUCAUGUCCCGCAGGGUGGUUGCUGCUGGCACGAAAGAGAUAGCCUGUGCAAUUGCUCUGGGACUGCAAACAAUUAACUGUGGUCGAGAUGACGAGGAUCAGUGAAGCAGGACGUAGAGGGUCAACACAAGUCAUCGUAGGAUCUCAGAUGAAAAAAUCUCUACCGUGACUGUCUGCUGUUGUGUAAAACAGCAGCUGGGUGCCUGAAAUACUCAACAAAAUUGCAGCAAUGAAAACAUUCAUUACCUACUCCUUUAAGGCUUUGAUAGGUCACUUUUCAAGAUUGUUAGAGGAGUAGCCAUAUUUGCUAUGCAGUUACUGAUAUUUACACAUCCAUUUGGUUUACAAAAUUUUCUCCAUAUCUUUCUCCAUUUCAGCUUUUGUAGUCAUGUUUUAUUUUCCUCACCAGGUCUGCAGUGCAGAUGGAUACACACUGACUUUGAAAUAAUGUGCACUUCACAAACACAGAAGAAGGUUGUUCUGGAACCCCGUUGAGAAUAUAUCUAGUCAUCUGUUUCACUGGGCUCACAGUGCCUGUGGCAGUUCAUAUCUCUGCCAGCUUAAUGUACACACCAUGGAGUCAUGAUGAUGCAGUGAAAGGCAAGUGAUAAAUGUGCGACACAUUCAAAUGAUACUUUUGAUUGUAGUGGGUACAAGCACAGUUCCUUGACAGAGAUGCUCGGCUGUAGGGAGGGAGGACACAUAGCAUUUGCACUGCAUAUGCAUUCCAUAUUGUCUGACUAAGGGAGAUUUUCAUCCACAACCUCUAAAAGCUUGUACCAGCUGGCCUUCCAUACUAGGAAAACUGCAUCUCUGGUGAUCAUAGCUGUUUGAGCAUGAGACCAAGAAAUGGGGGACACUGUCAACACCCAUGGCACUUCUGGCUUUAGAAUGGUUAUUGCUAAUAAAUAAUGUUAUGGUUAUGAUUAUAUGUCUGUAAAUCGAUCAUCGAUGAUGGGGAAUUUAAAUUAUGAUUUAGUUGAGUGCAGCUUAUGUGGUUUCCCUGAGGCUGAAAUACUUAAGGACAGUGAUAUCAGUACUUUUUAGCUGGCUUUGUUCACAUUUUAACACUGAUGACUAGUCCUAUCCAGUCCUUUUAAAUAUUUAAGCAGAUGUGUUGAUCUAGUAUGGUAUAAUGUAGUUCAUCAGCCGUGAGGUAUAAUGAUCUGAAGUUUAAAUCUCUUCAGAACUAGAGUCUUCUUUUGACCACGCUGUGCUGUUGUAAUUUCAGUUGUGAAAUGUUUGAAAGGAAGAUCUACUUGUAACAUUUUAAUGAACGUCUGGGCUUCACUGAGGGAAAAUCAUAAUGACAUAGUAUUUAUUUGGUUUAUACCAGCUUUUAUCCUUUUAAUAAAGAAUUUGCAAUACAAUUCAA